AUGGCAGCCCUCCUCUUCUCUAAAGUCCGCAAUAACUUCCUCUCCCCCGACAGCGACGGCAACACCGUCUACGAAACCGCCGUCUGCCGCUCCCUCCGCACCUUCUACAACGAAGAGCGUCGUCCCUGGCCCGCAACCUACAAUCCCGACCGCGACCACGAGUCUCGCAAAGGCCGCGACAUCUACGAUCCUGACGCCAUCAAACCCGCCUCCGCGCCCGUCCAAGCAGUCAUGGCACCGCCCUCACGAUACGGUCAGGGUUACGGCCAACAGCCGAUGAGCUCGAGCACUCAAGGAGGAGGCAGUCAGCUGGGGAAUCUCUGGAACAAACCCGCUGCCGCAGAAGGCCUGCAGGAACCUAGCGGUGCGAAUAGUCUACGCAAACAAAGAAGUCCCGGGAUGCAGAACACCGCGUUUUCGCGGCCACCGCAGCAACAACAACGGGCGUACGAUGAACCACAGCCGAUUCCGUCGCAGCGGCCUGGGUACGAGAAGGCCAGUGUGUCCAAGUUUAGACAGGAUAGGUCGAAGAUGGGACGACCUGGCCAGAGGUCUGAUUCGCCAGCUAAUAGUAUGGCGGGGAGUGCGCGGCUGAACAGCUAUGGAUCGUCGAAUGGGGGUGGGGAGGAUUAUGGUGGGCAGGGGAGUUAUGGGAGGAGUGAAAAACCAGUUAUGAGUGCUACGGUGCAGUUUGGUGCGCAGGAUGAGUAUUCGGGGUAUUCGGGCGGAUAUGAUCAAGGUGCUGGAUCUGGUGGAAGGAAUGCUGGGAGGAGAAUGGGGCUGCCGAGCGGACCUCGAGGGAAUAGGAAUUAG